AUGCGAUCUGCAAGCAUAUGCGAUCUGCAAGCAUAUGCGAUCUGCAAGCAUUUGGGAUGUGCAAGCAUAUGCGAUGCGCAAGCAUAUGCGAUCUGGAAGCAUAUGCGAUCUGCAAGCAUAUGCGAUCUGCAAGUGUAUGCGCUCUGCAAGCAUAUCGGAUGUGCAAGCGUAUGCGAUCUGCAAGCAUAUGCGAUCAUAUGUGACCUGCAAGCAUAUGCGAUCUGCAAGCAUAUGCGAUGUGCAAGCAUAUGCGCUCUGCAAGCAUAUGCGAUCUGCAAGCAUAUGCGAUAUUAUAUGCGAUCUGCAAGCAUAUGCGAUCUGCAAGCAUAUGCAACCUGCAAGCAUAUGCCAUAUGCAAUCUGCAAGCAUAUGCCAUAUGCGAUCUGCAAGCAUAUGCCAUAUGCGAUCUGCAAGCAUAUGCCAUAUGCGAUCUGCAAGCAUAUGCGAUCUGCAAGCAUAUGCCAUAUGCGAUCUGCAAGCAUAUGCGAUCUGCAAGCAUAUGCCAUAUGCGAUCUGCAAGCAUAUGCUAUGCUAUGCUUGCUAUGCUUGCUA